AUGCUGGCCAUCCAUGUGCCGCGCCGGCUAGCAGCAGGCCGAGGGAGAAUGCUAGGAGCAAGGCGAUUGUCGCAGCGGCUUAGUGUAAAGCUGAAAGACUCAAAUAUUGUGGUGAAUGUGAAUCUGAUGAAAGUCCCAUCGAACUACGGUUACUACUCGUCACGUGUGAACCGAUUAUACAACGAGGACAAAUUCAGUGCUUCCAUCAUCGAGGUGGACAUGGCAGAGAACAGAGUGGCCAUUGGACCCGACACGAACGAGGAGUUAGAUGUUGCAUCUGAUUUGGCAGAUAUAGAUCCAUAUGCGUACGAACUAGGUCCGCAUUCGGGGGGAAAGAGACCGGUGAAGGUGUUCAACUUCAAUGUCUUUGAUGGCCAUGGAGGUGAGGAGUGCUCGGAUUACCUCACCCACCAUUUGUCUCAGAAUGUGGAGUCUCUUCAUGUGACAUCAGGUGCAAUUGAAAAGCUUUUUAAGGACUAUGCAAAGUCCAUAGGUGGGUAUUGGAGACGUUGGGUUCGAAGGCAGAACACUCACUUUGAGCAGAUACUCAGUGUGACGCCCCAAGAAAGGAACCUUACGGGUUCCGAGACUCUACUUCGCGAGGAGCGGUCCUCGCGGGUGCCUAUUUGGGAGGACGAGUCAUUUUUCAAUGUUUCCGGCGAGGAUUUCCUGAAGUUGCGGAUCUUCCUCAGCUUUCUGUACACAGAUUUGAGGUUUUUGAGCCAGGAAAAGGCCGAGUCGGGCCACCAUUCCGGGUCUACGUGUACCAGUGCAUUCAUAUACACUAUUGAUCCAGAUCCCACCGACUGCCACAGCUGUAGAAGUGGCUCCGAGGAGGCCGUGCCGUUUGACGAUGUGUUCUUUUACGAGCCCAACGUGCUGUCUAAACUGGUGAUAGCCCAUGUUGGGGACACAAGAGCGAUUCUUUGCGAUAAGGAAGGUGUUGCGCAUGCUUUGACUGUGAACCACCACCCCUCCAAUCCUCUGGAGUCGCGAAGACUGGCCCGUUUUUCCACUGGACUGAUGAUGACCGAUUCGUUUGGCGAAGAACGGUUCAUAAACUACGCAAAUACACGCUCCUUUGGAGAUAUUACGGGAAAAAAUGUCGGGAUCAGUGCAGAGCCUGAGUUCCGAGAGGUGUUGCUGGGGGACGCCAAAAAGAUGCAGAAAUACAGAAAGCAGCAUCGCGACAAGCUCGCCGCCAAGCAACUGCUUGACUUUGGUGGAAACGAAUGUUUCCUGGUACUUGUUUCAGACGGAAUUACAAACUACUUAUCGGACCAAGAGGUGGUGGAUCUGAUCAUGAGCACCACCAAUAACCUAGGAGCCAUCAAGGGAACGCCGCAUGUAGCUGCCAAAGAGGUAGUGAAAUUUGUGGAGUGCAUCGGAGGUGACGACAAUGCGACGUGCAACAUUGUGAAGUUAAGUGGUUGGGGUAAUUGGCCAAUGUUGGACCGAACUGGAAAACUACGCGAGGAGAAGAUGGAAAGCGUUAGUCGUGCAGACCGAGGCUGA